AGUCGAUUUGAAUUUUAUGUAGACUUGAUAUUGGUCUCUCUGUGCGCAUGACCGUGGCAGUGCAAGGGAUUCACAACGCGCCUCCUGUCUUCAUAAUCAUAACUUUAACAUCAACGAAAGAGUUCAAUACCAAGCGAGAUUCUUCGGUAACUGGUUUAUUUACAUAAUGCAAGAGUCAUGUAUAAAUCGCGCAGUCCCGCAGGGAAAUAUGACCUUGAUUUGUGAGCAUGAAGUUUGGGUCUGUUAUUGAGCUGGAGAUGAAGAGCUCCUCAGGACUCUCCUCACACUCACUUCAGUGAUGCUGCCGCUGAGUCCAGCUCAUCGCUUUCUGCUCACUUCCAGCAACGCGGAUCGUUCCUGCUCUCUUCAUUUGCGCUUGUAAUCAAAUCCAUCACAAGGAAAACCUUUUUGCGCAUUAUAUUUCUUCACUUCAGCGCAUUUGGACUCAUAAUGUCCGGGCUGAAGUUGAACGGGGCUCUGAUUCUGUGCGUCCUGAUGCUGCCGUUCUCUCGGCAGAGCAGUCAGGUGCUGGACUGUCGCGAAGUGCGCUCGUCUUUCCAGUUUUUGUACCCGGGGAUGAAAUGGACACCAGAAACGCCAGUCUCAGGCUCAGAUCUGCAGGUGUGCCAGCCGAAAGGCCUGACCUGCUGUUCUCGCAAAAUGGAGGAGCGCUACUUGCUCAUUGCCAAACAGAAUAUGGAGUCCAGUCUCCAGGCCACCAGCGCUCAGCUCAAAGUUCUCAUCAUUCAGAAUGCCGCCCUCUUUCAAGAGGCUUUUGACAUGGUCCUCCGUCUUGGACGUAAUUCCACUCUGACGCUGUUACGGGAGGAGUUUCCCGGUUUGGGGGUGGGAGCAAGCGGAGCCGUCACACAGUUAUUCCUAGAAAUGUCCCUCUACAUCCUGGGCUCGGAUGCUAAUGUAAACGACAUGGUCUCUAGCUUCUUCUCCCACCUGUUUCCUUUCACCUACCGGCGUCUGCUUGGAAACGGGGCGGUGACGGGCAUCUCGGAUGAAUGCCUCCGUGGGGCCUGGAGGGGAAGCUCUGCGUUCGGGUCAUUUCCCAAGAUGAUGAUGACCCGGCUGUCUCGCUCGCUCCUGGCCACUCGGGUCUUCCUGCAAGCGCUGAACCUGGGCAUCGAGGUUGUCAACACCACCCAGCACCUGCGUGCGGGCAGGGACUGUGGGCGCUCGCUGCUGAAGCUCUGGUACUGUCCGCACUGUCAGGGCCUGCUGGAGGCCCGGCCGUGUCGCCCACUGUGUGUCAGCACCAUGGGGGCGUGUCUGGGGGGAGCGGCGGAGGUGCAGCCUCAUUGGAGGUCAUACGUGGAGGAACUGGGGUCACUCGCCGCUGCCAUGAAGGGGGAGCAGGACAUCGAGGCCGUGGUGCUCAGACUGCACGUCAUCAUCAGACAGGCUCUCAAACAAGCCGUGGCGGCCAAAAGCAAAGUCAGCGCACAGGUGAGCGGGAUAUGUGCUCACACACCCUCGCGGGUGUCUCGUGCCGCGGUACUGUCUGCAGAACAUGCUGCUGCCUCGCCGAUGCCCCACAAUCGUCCCACGGUGAACUUUGACCCCGAUGAGACCCUCUUUGGACGCCGCAGGGAGUUUAUCUCGGGUCUGAGGGGCUUCAGUCAGUUCUACAGUGGCCUCGGAGAAGCCCUGUGCAGCAAAGAGCCGGCGGCACUCAACGGUUCCCUCUGCUGGAACGGACAGGAGAUGACAGACAAGUUUCCUGGUCCAGGGAUAAAGAAAGUCCCUCCACACGGCUCAGAAUCCAGACAAAAACCACCUGAACCCGUCAUCAGCCAGAUCAUCGACAAACUCAAACACAUCAAUCAGCUUUUACAGAUGGUGACAUUGCCCGAAAAGCGAUGGAGGGCUCGACCAGGAGGGGGCGCUGCGAGGAGAGUCCCAGCUGGACAAGGCCAGGCAGACGAGGAUGAGGAGGGUCUAGAAAGCGGGGACUGUGAUGAUGAAGAUGAGUGUACUGGUGUUUCUGGACUCGGGCCGCCUCCGAGACGCAAACGCCUGCGCAUCUUUGCAGACUUGGCGGAUAACUUGGCGAUUGACGACUUAACGCUUCACGAGUUGCUCCUGACUCCCAGACUGGCAAAAGACACCCAUGGCGGCGAAUCCGUUCCUGGAUCGGCACGGGCGGCACAUGUGCCUACUGCAACCUUCAUCUUUGCCAUCGUCAUCUUCAUAUUGUUGGGCCUUCAGUGAUCGCUCCUGUUUGAAGAGAAACUGAUGCCCAUGUGUACAUACAGCUCCAUGAUUUUGGCCAAGGACAAGUACCUUUCCUCUUCUCAGCCUCAUGUCUUACUAUAUGAGCCUCUUCUUUUCUAUAUUUUGAGUGGACUUGAGGAUCAAUAUCAUCUGAACGCUCAGACUAUGAACUCAUUCUUCUACAGCAUGAAGAGCAUUAUUUCUACAUACAAGAAUCAUGUUCUUUCCCUCCAAACUCGUAUGCCACAACAACAACCAUGUGUUUUACAUUGAGCAUCGCCUCCCCUCUGCUAUACACAUGCAGUUUUACACAAAGGCAAAGGCUUCUGGAGGAAAAGGAGCUAAAUCGCUUUUGAAAAGACAAAGAGGCUCAGCUUUUGUGAGUGAAUGGGCACACUUAAGGCGAAGGAAGCGUGACUGACAGAGUCUGAGAACACGUACGAUCGCUGUCUCAUACAUACACUCCAGUGAGCUUCUCCUCUGCUGCUCAUUUCCUGUGCAGUAAAUGACCCUUGGAGAGGAGGACAUCAAGGCAUCGGCGUGUCGUUGUGAAACCCUCUCCUUACAGGGCGACACAGCUGUACUUCAUUUACAGAAAAAUGCUUUUAAACUGUUUCAUUAGAAUGCUGACUUUCCCUUUACAGAAAUUGUGGUAUUUUAUAAUCCCUCUUUGAUUUUGUCGCUCAUUAUCUCUCUUUCAUUUCCUCUAUCCUUGUAUUAUAAUCGUGUGAUUAAAGCAUUCUCUUCAAUUGACACCCAAAAACGUUCUGUUUUUUCCCUCCCUUCUUUUCGCAGGUCACUGUAGCAUUCGCAUUCAAUGAAAGAUGGCUUGGAUUUGUGCAUCUGGAUUUGUGCAAGUUUUCUGUUUGUGGACAUCUUAUACACAAAGGGCUAAAGCUGUCAUUUCAGAUCAGAAUUGGAAAACUAGUGUUUACAAAUGGACACUGUUUUCCUUUCAUAACCUGUGACGUAAUUCAUUACUGAUCUCUGUACAGUGCUUUAAGGCAUGUCAUCUUCUGUUCUGAAAGAAUCAGCUUCAUUGUGUUAGACGUCCCCCAACUGGAAUGAUACACAGUGUCCUAGAAGUUUUCAGACGAUUAACAAGUUCAAAUCAUACAUUUUUUUUUUUUUUUUUUUUUAUAUUAUUUCAAAGCUCUAAAACUCAGAGUCAUUUUGAAGAUGAAGAGUGUAAAGUAUUUAUUUAUUGUGUGUUUGUGCCUCCUUUUCCAGCUUCCCAGAAAACCAUCCAAAUCCAUUUGUAGAUCGACUUCCUCAAAGAUUGUAAACACUGGGCUUUUUCAAAACACUGUUUGUUUGAGUGUUCGUGUCAACCUUUGAUUCAACCAGAGACUUGAGUUUGGAUCAAAACUGUCUGUGUGUUCAAAAGAGUUUUGGGAAUCUGUUUUUUUUUUUUUUUUUUUUGACAAUUCUAUUUUGUACCACUAGUGGUAAAUUUUCAGCUAGACAGUUAAAAAAAUGACUCAUCCUCAGGCCAUCCAAGAUAUAAAAGAGUUUUUUCUUCAUUAGAACAGAUUUUGAGAACUAUAGCAUUGCUUCACUUCCUCACCAAUGGAUCCUCUGCAGUGAAUGGGUGCCUCCAGAAUGAGAGUCCAAACAGCUGAUAAAAACAUCUCAAUAAUCCACAUGCCUUCAGUCCAUCAGUGAACAUCUUGUGAAGUAAAAAGCUGUGUGUUUGUAAGAAACAAAUCCAUCAUUAAGGCUUUCCCUUCUGGUUGAAACACAAGUCCAUAAUCAAUAGUAAUGUACACUCCAAUGAAAAAGUCCAUCCCCUGUUGUUGUCUAACAUUAAAAUUCCACCAACAUAUUUAUUUAGAACAGUUUUUGCUUAUAAACAGUGUUUGAUUUGUGCAUAUUGUUCUCCUGAUUCUGACAGGGUGACUUUUUCACUGCAAAGAGCAAUGUUAAAUGUCUUAAUGAUGGAUUCGUUUCUUGCAAACAUGCAGCUUUUAAUUUUACAAGAUGUUAAUUGAUGUACUGGGGUGGUGUGGAUUAUUGAGAGUUUUUAUCAGCUGUUGGUCUCUCAUUCUUAUGGCACCCAUUCACUGCAGAGGAUCCAUUGGUGAGCAAGUGAUGUAAUGCUAAAUUUCAACAAGAAAGAAGAAAAAAUCAUCUACAUCUUGGAUGCCCUGAGGAUGAGUCAAUUCUCAGCGCACAUUUAAAUUUUAGGCAUGAUUUAUUACUUCAGUGCAUUAAAUUUACAUAAUAAUUUUGCAUUCCCAUCUAAGGACACUUGGAUCAACUGAGGGGCAGCACCAAAAUGAAAAAUGAAUAGAGUGAAAUUAAGGUUUUGCCAAAAAGGGAAGUCACAGCUAUUUUUCACAGAUUUCUAUAGACAGCCAAGUUUUAUUAAACACCCAUCUUGCCAGCUGUAAAUUUGAGACGAGUCUACAAGAGUUGAGUAUGCAUCACCAUGAUAUAUCUUUCAACCAUGUGUUCUUGUUCUGCUGGAAAAGUGAAUUUUCUGUUUGGGUUUGAGUUUGUAGCAGACUAAAUAAUGUUUUCUUGCUUUACUCCUCUGUACUCUCCAACAUCAGUUGUUUUAGUUUAACUAGAUGCCCCCAGACUUUACAGCAUUACUCUAGUCUUUAUAUUGAGCAUGGUAUUUUCUUAGUGAUUUACACCACACAUAUCACGCCACAUAUGUUAGUCCCACUUGACUAAGAAAUCUUUUCACACAUUGCAGCUCAGUCAAUAUUAUGUUCUUUGCCAGGCUGCAGAUAUGCUUUUUAUGUGAUUCUUUAGCAGUAAUGGGAGCUUUUGUGCCCCUCUCCCCAACAGGCCAGUGAUACGCAGAGCUCUUGAUAUGGUUGACUGGUGCACCUUCACUGAUCACUGGCCUUUCUGUAGCUCACCUCACAGCUCUCUUGUUCAUGCACAGAGCCUUGGGGUACAGUCAUUUUGGGGCAAUGUCUGGAGGGUUGGAUUUAGCCCCAACUUGCUGAUAACUGCGCCAACAGUGCCAGCUGGGACAUCCAGGCGCUUGGUUAAUAUUUUGUGGCCAUUUCCUAAUUCAAACAUUUGUUUUAGUCCAGCUCAAAUUUCUCCCUAAUGCUCUUUUGUCUUCAUUUUCACAGCUGUCCUUCACAUUCACAGCCUAGAUAAUGAUCACUUAGCUGUGGUGGUUAUUUUAAUGAGACACAGGUAGAGGCCAAUUGCGAGGCAAUGGUUGCAGCAAUUGUUUUGCAUCAGUGUAAACUCGGAGCUUCUGUUUAUUUGAGAUUUCCUUUUAUUCCACCGUUUAUAAAAUAAAUAUAUUUGAGUUUAAGUGCUUACAAAUAAGGGUACCAUAAUUUAUUCAAAACAAGAUUUGGCUGAAAGGCACUGGAUAUUUACAGUAAUAUGCUUUAUGUAAAAUUGUAAGUAAUAUAAACCCUAGGCUGCAAGGAGGCAUAAUACAUUCAGUUUAAAUGAAAAUAAAGCAUAGCUACUUAAAAAAAUAAAUAAACUAUGGCUAAAUGAUUAAUAUUCAAAAAUCAAAUAUCUUUUUAAUUGAAACAAAUAUCUUGUUGUCAUACAGUAUAUGCAUUAAAUGAAGGAUGUGCUUCUGCCAGUAAUGGAAUGUGUUGAGUGCUGUAAUUAAACUGAAUUCUGCAAUACUGUUUAUACUGGUACUGAUUGCACAGUGGGGGUGCAUUCAGGGGGCCAUUUGGCACAUUUGAGUUCUUGGGCUUGAGCCGUUCAAUAACCAGAGCGACGGGGGAGGGGGGUAAAAUAGAGCUCUUCAUUCACGCCAGGGUACAUUUACUCAGACCUUAAAUUAAUGGAGAAACUGUCCUGUCUGUACCUGCUCUAUUUGGCCAACCCAGUGUACAGAAUGUUUGGCGGUCAAUACUGCUCAAAACUGAACGUUCAGAGUGCAAAUGCUGUUUAUUUGUGACGGUUUCAAAGUUUCCAUGUAAAUGAUAAUCAAAUAAAAUGUUAAAGUUGCA